UGCUCACUACGUAGUUUUGUUUUCCUCGUAGAUCUACUUGUUCCUCUACUUCUACUGGAUGCCAAAGGAAGUGAGGGAGAGGGUGGACCGGGUCACCAACUGUGAUGACCUUGCCAUGAACUUUCUCAUUGCACAUGCCUCCAGAACACCACCCAUAAAAGUUCCUACCAAUUUUGAUUUCUGGUGUGGUCCCCGAUGUGGAGAGAACCUCUCUACAAGACCAGGCAGAACGGAGCAGCGCCAUGCCUGCAUUCAGUACUUUACCCGUGUCUAUGGCUACAUGCCUCUUCUCUACACCCAGUUGCGUACUGAUCCUGUGUCUGCUAAGAUCCCUUAAGUGAAAAAUUGUGGAAAAUGCUGAUGCUGUUUUGUAAUUUUAAAUAUUU